UGGCGCCGCCCAGACUGUGAUUUGAGGGGAUUUGUCUUGCUCAUUUCUCAUUUCUCGUAUUUUUUUUAUUUUUUUUAUUUUUUUGUUCAGUUCUCUUGCAGAUAUAUUUUUUUCUUCUCGAAUCUCUGUCUCUUCCCAAAUCGCACUCAGCCUUUGGGUGCAGUUGGUGCAGUGGUUUCCUAGUUUGUGGGGGCAUCUGAAAUCUUGCUGCUUCUUUCGAAGUGUAGCUUAACCGAGCCGUAGAUCUUGUGUAGACUACCUGCAUUCGAGCUGGCCACUGCCCCAUCGCCAUUUUAGGUGCAUGGUCUUUUGUAUGUGAGAAGAACGAUGGUGGUUCACGAUAAGGAGAGGCAAGUUGAACAAUUUUCGGAGCAAGAUUUGGGCUAGCAUUUUCGUGAUGAAGCCCUUGGAGGUCCGUUUUUUUACGCGCCUUUUGUAAAGGCGACCAAGACCGGAGCGCGUAUUCUCUAUUGCCGCAGUGUAUACCCUACCAUGAAGUGUCGAAUAAAGAAAAUAUUCAAUCAGAAUGAUCCAUCUAUCUGUAACUGGUGGAGGUGUAGAUCCUGCAUCAUCUCCGUUGUUUACAUUUGGAAGGUACUAGACAAAAUAUCAACCGUGAAUAAAUUUUUGGAAAUGUGAAGUCCAAUGGCUUCUGAGCAUCGCAGAAUCCUCAGCUACUUUUUCGAUGAAGGACGGGCUAGUAGAACAUUCACCCUGGAGGAAGGCAUUAAUAUAAAUAGACUUCCCGUAUUAUUGUGCUUUUUUCUCUUCUUCACCACCUUGGUGACCUGCCAGCCUGAUACCUCCUUCACGUACUCCAAAUUCGGUCCUGGCUCUGUCACACUUGUGGGCGACUCCCGAAUCAUGCCCGAUGGCAGACUCCGUUUGUGCAACAUAUCCGUUGAUGUGGAGGGUCAAGUUACAUCUGUUGGAAGAGCACUGUACCCCACUCCAGUCCAAUUGCGGAACUCAACCACGGCAACGAUGGCCUCUUUUGAAACUUCCUUCACGUUCUCCAUCGACACGAAACUCGGAAAUUUCGCUUUGAGCUCACCAUCCGGCAUGGCCUGGGGUAUUUUCCCUGAUAAUCGAACGAUUGGAGAUUACGGUCUUUACUUGGGCCUAAUGAAUAGCUCAACUGAUAAUUUUUCCAACAAAGUCUUUGCCAUCGAGAUUGACACAGGAUUCAGCGAAUUCCCUGGUUACAAUGAUACCAGCAGCUGCCAUCUUGGGGUUGACCUCACAACGAUGAGGUCCGACCCUGUGUUCGACAUGGCGACCCCUCCUGGCAGUCAGACAAGCCCGUGCAUUCAAAACAGGGGAGUGUUUACGCUUCAUAUCCGUUACAACGGUCUCAGCCAUAUCCUCCUUGUGGAUUUGCUCGACAUCGGGGGCGAGUCAGUGGGAAGAAUAAAUACUACAAAGAACUUAUACCCUUAUAUGAACGACCAAAUGUUCGUUGGAUUCUCCGGUUCCGGAAUUUACAUUACACCGCAAGAAGACUCAGUUUAUUCUUGGAAUUUUUCUUCCACAUUUACAUCACCUGUAACACCAUCUUCAGCGCCACAGCCGUCCACUCCACCCCUACAGUCGUCCCCUCCAGCGACACACCCGUCCGCUCCUGUCACUUUGACACCAGGAGAAAAUUGCACAUCAACUCCCUGCUCUAAUUCGACAUCCUCUUCCAACAAGGGCCUCAUAUACGGUGCCGCUGCUGGUGGAGCUGGUGGUCUUCUGCUCUUGCUUGGACUAGGACUAGGAUGCUUUUGCUGCAGAGGGAAGUCCUCAGAAGCCGGAACAUACAGCCAAGAAACGAUUCCAGGAGGUGUCGCAGUGGUUGGACCUCGGAAGUUUACCUACAAAGAGCUCAGCUUAGCCACUAAGAACUUCAGUCAAUCAGAGCUUUUAGGAAAAGGAGGCUCAGGAAGUGUCUACCGUGGAAUUCUUCGCGACUCUGGAGCCAUGGUCGCGGUGAAGAUGAUCCAGGCUGACAGGUCACAAGAACUGGCGGAGAAAGAAUUCCAGGCGGAGGUGUCUAUCAUAAACCAGAUCCGACACCGGAACUUGGUGCAAUUGCAAGGUUGGUGCAACGAGAAGGGGAUGCUCUGCCUCGUCUACGAGUAUCUUCCAAAUGGAAGCCUUGACAGCCUGCUGCGCAAAGAAAUGCAAGCACCGAACACGGUAAUCCCCUGGGGAACGCGCUACAACAUUCUCACUGGCGUCGCCGCAGCCUUAGCUUAUUUGCACGAGGAGGUCGGCCAGUGCAUCCUGCAUCGCGAUCUGAAGCCCGGGAACAUCCUUCUCGACGUGAACUACAACGCCUGUCUGGCCGAUUUCGGUCUCGCGCGCCUCACCGAGCACAACCAAGCGGCAGCAACCACAAUGCUGGCGGGCACACUGGGCUACAUGGCGCCAGAGCUUCCGCAAACUGGCAGGGCAACCACGCAAACGGACGUAUACAGCUUCGGCGUUCUAAUCGUGGAGAUGAUCUGCGGCAGACGGCCAACAGACGUCGACCGCGACACACAGAUGCCGCUUCUCGACUGCGUCUGGGCCGCGCACGCUGGCAAUGACAUCUCUUGCGUCGUGGACGCCAAAAUCCGCGACGAUCGAGACGCACAGCAAAUCGAGCGAACUCUUCUCCUCGGCCUCUUGUGCUGCCAUCCCGACCCAAUCUCCAGACCCACCAUGCGCAACGCACGACAAAUCCUCACGGGCGAUAGUCCACUUCCCCCGGUCCCUACCGAGAAGCCGGUUGUGAAGUGUGCAGUGUACUCGCAGUAUGGCUCUUACUCCGAGUUCGACACCUCGCACGGCGAUGGCUACGACCCGCCCGAGGCAAUCAGUAAAGCCAGCAGCAACACCAAUAGCAAGUAUAGUAGCUACAGCACCAAUACCGGGUACAGCACCACAGACCACGACAGCUUCUCCUCUCAAGCUAAAUCUAUCCUUUGAUUAUUUAAUUAAUUAGGCCCCUCAUUUUUGAUGAAUCCCACUUGGGUUCUUCGUAGGCUUAUUAGCUUUGAAUGCGCGACGCAACUGCCUCCGCUGCUACUCCUCCUCCUGCUGAGGUUUCUCUUGUUUCCACCUGUCAAUGGAGCUCCUCUGUCUUUCUACUUUUGUUGAGUUUUGACGAACUGAUAUAUUGAAAGGUUGCCGAGUUCGGUAAGUCCUGAAUUUCGA